AUGAGUGAAGCGGCUGUAGACGAUGCCCAGGCGCUGCGCCUUAAGCUCAAACUGCCGCGUUCCAUGUCGACGUCGUCAGAGGCCGAGAAGAAGCUGCUCAUUGGCGCACGGGGAGGCGCGGCGGUCAAGGAGCUCCUGAGCACGGCGCCCAACAUUGAAGUGGCUAUUCGGGAGUUCCAAGCCGCGCAUGGCGUCGCAGAGGCCCACGCGCAGCUGGUCGUGCGCAAGAAAGAGAGCGAGUGCAAGGAGACGGAGGCGGCAACGACGUUGACUCCUGCGAUGCAGCUGCUGGAUCUGCUGCAGGUGCCACGGACCAGUUUGUACCAUUCGCUACUGGACCAGAUGAAGAAGGAGAUGCUGCUGCGCAUUGCCGACUUGCCACAGAGCGACCUGCCUCGCGUGCUGGAGCAGACGUUCCCGUACAUUGAGUUUCGAGAACUUCGCGCGAUUCCAAUUGCGGUCUUGGCUCGACAGGAAGAGACACCGGCGUUGUAUCUACGUGAAUUGACCGAGAAUCGACGUAUUCUCGCCGAGUUGCCCGUCCACGUGCGGAGGAAGAUUUUACAGGUUGAUAAACGAGAGCUCCAGCUUCUGGUGGAGGAGUGUACCCGUGAGUAUGUGACUGAGCAGUCGAAGUGGUAUCUGGACCAUCCGAUGUCGGACGCAGUCAGUGCGCAGUGCUCCCCAACAUGGAGGACGAGCGCCGAUAAUGUACGACACGGUGUGCCGAACAGGAAGCGCAGUGCAGAAAGUUCGCCUGGAGGGAGUCUGUGGAAUGUCUCGAGUCACGUUCCGCCUUCCGCUGAUACGGGCAGCUCGUCGUCAUCGGCAGCAUCCGGAUUUGGCGGUAAGCGAUGUCCUUUGUACUCGCCGGAAGAGCGUCGACGCAACCAUCCAGCACUCAUGAAGCUAGUCGACAUGUUUGGUGACUCGGAAGCGUUGUAUCUGUCGACGAUAGAGAUCUGGCGUGGCUACUUGGUGGCUGCGACCAUUCCUGGUGGCGCCGUGAUGAAUCACCCGAAAGAAUAUGUGGACUAUGUCUCGCUUCUUGGUGCGAUGCGCAAUGAUCUUGCGAACCUUCACCGUGACAGGACAACGACAUUAUUGCGAACUGAUCCAUUGCACAAAUUUAUAUGGUUCUUGGAUCGGGCGCUAAAGAAUUGCACACUGGAGAUUGCCCAACUUCACGAGCUACUAGGAUUUAUCGGUCGACUGCGCACGUCGGACUUGCCGACGGACAAAAAGUUUCGAAAGAAAAGCGGCGCAGAAGAGGAACAAGAGAGUUUUGAAGUCGUGUUGGGACCACCCCCAGUGGAGGAAUUGCUUGCAGUACUUGACAAGAUUGUCAAACUCGAUGCUCGGCUGAUCUUUGCGGAGCCAGUGCCAGAUGAUGUACCGAAAUAUCGGGAUAUUAUCAAGGAUCCCAUGGACUUGUUGACAAUGCGAAGAAAGGCGAAGCGCGGCAAGUACAAGACAAUAGAUGCCUUUGCAUCGGAUUUUAAUCUAAUGAUUCGCAAUUGCAUGACCUUUAAUCCGGAUACUACUAUCUUCUACAAGGAAGGAAAACGAAUUGGCAAGCGGGGCAACGAGAUAAUUGAGCGAAACGCUACAGCUUUGCGUGGCGAGCCUCAACGGAUCCGCUCUAAAAAGCGUCGCAAGAUGGGAGCCGGUCCGACGAGCGAAGCUCUGAGCAUGCUCACCAGCACGGGAGUUGUGACAAUUAAGGACUUUGGUGAUGUGGACCAAUCUGGAAUGAUUCCUGAGGGUGUGUGUGAUGAGCAGUUGGCGGACGUGGCAUUAGUUCUAUCGGAUCCGGUUGUGAAACAGCUCAUUUGCAAUGCAUUAAUGAAGAAUUUAGUGAUGUGUUGGCAAAUGAAAGAGCUGCCUACUGACAACCUAACAUGCCGUGCACUCGUGCAACUUCUUCAAAUUGGCAACCCGUCGAGCGUACGUCGCAUGAUUCGAAAGCAAGACUAUGUGCUACGUGCUCCGCAAGUAGUCACGAUGCGCGUUGUGCUUCCGCUUCUAUUACGCACGAUGGUGGAAUUUCGAGUGUAUUAUGCGCUUCCCGUUAGUUUGGAGCGCGAUGUAGAGUUGGCUGCAAAGGGAGAUGUUUUAAAUGCCGUUUUGUGGAACAGUUUGCUGCGCGCGAGUUCGGCUAUUCGCGCUAUAGCCAAGUCGUUUGCUGUACAAUGUUUGGUGGAUCAUCAGAUUGAUGCAGGAUCGCGGCUGCUGCAUUACCUGCUUUUAGCUGAAGAGGAAUCGCUUUUGCGUGAUCGUGUCUUGCUCCAUGCAGUAACGGAAGUAGUGCUGGAGCAAGUAGGAGUGGCUACUGCAAGCGUUGGCAGUAACAGUAGUAGUGAAUUUGCGUCGAAUUCUGCUGAAAAUGGUGAAGUGACGAUGACGUUGAGCGAACAGCUGCAAGGUCUGGAAGUGUGGAAACAGAUCGUCGAUUGCUUUUUUGUUGACGUUUUAGCAGCGCGUAUCCUAGCAGCUAAGAAAGCGACCGGAUGCAUUAUUCGUUUUGCUGAAGGCGCAAUCGACCAAGUCGAGGACGCACACAGCAGCACUGUCGCCUCCGACACCGCGUUGUCGAAGAAGCGCAAGCGACAGCGAGUGGUUCGAAGCUUUCCAAGUCCGGUAUUUCAUGAGAAGACAGUGAUGAUGCUGUCAUCUUUGUUUGCAACGAUUGGAAAAGGAGGCUCUGCGGCUGGCGUGGAUUUAAUGAUCACUUCAUAUCUCACGAGAACUUUGAGUGUAUUGCGCAACAACUGCUUGUGCUUGGAGGACUUUGAAGCACUAUGGAACAGUUCUGUAUUUUAUGGUUGUCGGCACUAUUAUGAGCUAAUGCUGGCCAAAUGUCCUGCCGUGCGAAAGGAGUUAUUUGCUGUGGUACCAUCGGACAUUAAAACGGGAGCUAGUGAUGUGCACCAGGCAACGCUCGGGGCUGCUGCCGAUUCUGUAAUGCAAGGAGCCGACACUGACGCACAACGUGCCACCACGACCGCUGCAUCUGAUGCUACAGUGCAAGGCACAGACACUGACGCACAAAAUGCCACCACGACCACUGCUGCUGAUGCCGCAAUACAAGGCGCAGACUCUGACGUAGACUGUACGACUGGAGCGAGUGCAACAAUCACGUUGGACAAUGCUGAAGCUGAAAUUGGUGGAAGCACUGGACCUGAGAAGCAGGUGGACGUAAAGAGCGCGGUCCAGGCUGACGGCGCCAACGUCACUUCUGAAGCCGAUGCCACGAACGUUGAAUCAAAGUCUGAAGAUGCAAGUUCUGGAGUUGUGACGGAAGCUGUUGGCGCUCAAGGCGCGAGCACAGAAAUAAACAUGACAGACACAGACGCCACACAUUUGGCUCCUUCCUGUAUGACCGACAUAGACGAUGUUGAAAACCGGAAAUCUGAUGCUGGCUCUAUAGUUGAGCCUAAGCACAACGGCAAUUUAACGGUGGAAGAAGUCGUAGAAAAAUCGGAGCUGAGAGGCGGCAAUAAAACUUCCGACAUUGAAGUUUCUGCUAGUAUUGCUGCCAAUGCCCCCGGUACAGCACCAGCACUCGAGUCCGGUACUGAAUCGACUGCUUCAUGUAGAAUGCAAAAUUACGAUGUUCUGGAUGAUCACAACAAAGUAGAUGUCAUUGUGGAUAGUAAUGGCGCGCCGAAGGACGUCGUCGUGGAGCCGGUGGUAAAUUUUGUGGAGCACGAUGGCGAUAAACAAGAUGGGUAA